AUGGUGUUCGAGAUAUUGCGGUACCGAAUGAUGAUACUUCGAAAGCAACUUAAGAAGACUCUAUCCAGUGCUCACUGUUUCGAUGAAGUAGAAGAAAUUGUAGCAAGAAAUAUCGGCUCCUGUUUGAGAACAUACAAGGAUUUGUUGAAUGCCAUACGUGAAACUGAUACGCCAAUGAAAAUGACGAAAAACCAAGUAGUGUCAAUUGAAAUUGUAAUGGAUUUUAUAUUGGUGCUAUGUCCAGCAUUUUUGGCAGAGAUGAUCAAGAGUGAAAUAGAUAAAAUGAAACUGGCUCUUAUCAACCAGCUAGUCACGUGCCGAGAUGAGUCUACAAACAAAGCCAUAGAUGACGCCAUGAUGAUAUUCGAAAUUCAACCGUUCCGGUACACAGUAUGGCGGAUAUUCACAGUAGACGGCGAACUGAUAUUGACCAUUAUUAGUCUUAUAACCACUUACGUACUGGCUAUGGUGUCGUUUGCGCACUUCUUUGAUUAA